AUGACUGCUAAAAAACUCGUUGAAGCUAUUCGAAAUGCACAAUUUGAUGAGAAAUUUAGUGAAUUGAAAAAUCAAAUAAUUUCACAAAUUGAAAAUACAUCAAAUUUAGAUGAAAGUGUUUCAUUUAUUUCACAUUUAAUUGUUAAUUCAAAUAUCUCCAACGAAGAGAAGGGAAUUUUUUUUGAAGAAUUAGCUGAUGCAGCAAGAAAGGCAUAUGAAAAUAAUUAA